UUUAGUUGUUCAACUGGCCACAGACCCUGACAGACGAAUAUUUUGGGAGCCUUUACUACCAGACGAAAACAGCAAACCGAAAGACUUAGUGACAAUGGCUAUCCAGUUCAAUUCAACAAUUCCUUCAAUGGAAGACUUUGAUGAAAACUUUACUUCUUUGACGACGGGUACAAGUAGUGAGACAACAGAAGCUGUGGGACUCCACCCUUAUGGUGUUAUAGUGACCAUUGCCUGCUUGUGGAUCUUGAUCGCAGUGCUAGGUAUCAUUGGAAACUUGCUGGUGAUUCUGUCGGUGGUCCUGAGUAAGAGUGUCCGAACAAUGACCAAUGUCUUAGUGGUCAAUCUUAGCGUGGCCGAUCUAUGGACCUCACUGUCUCUCCCUUGGAAUGCUGUAGCACUGUUGAGUGACGGCACCUGGCCCCUACCAAGUCUAAUCCCAUGCCAGGUAGCAGCAUUUAUGUGGCACACUGGUCUGGGUGCUAGCCUCUACAACCUGGCCCUGAUCUCUGUCAACCGCCUGGUCAGGAUUACCCGCCCGGGCCUCUACUCAAGGCUCUUCACACCCUUUAAGAUGGCCAUCAUCGUCACCCUCUCCUGGCUUCUCUCAUUCUUCGUCAUCUUAUUCCCCAUUGCCAUCGGUAUCGGCAGCUUAGGACAUGACCUCAGGGACGACACAUGUACGGACCAAGACCUGCACCCCAAAGCAGACGAAUACAACCUCAUCCAGACCAUUGGGUUCUUCCCUGUUCCAAUGCUAACAGUUAUCAUCAGCUACCUUAUCAUCUACAUCCACGUUAGGCGUCACUUUAAGAAGCGGGUAUACAAGAAAAGCAACAGCUCCUCCAGGCCAUUUGAUGCAAGCCAAGCUAGCCAGUCCAGCGUGGUGUCGAUGCCAACGUCUGGCUCAGAUGUACCGGCAGUGCUAGAGAAAAACAAGUUCAGCCGCCAGCAGCUUCAGAUCACCAAGAAUCUCUUCUUGACCUUCUGUGCCUUCUCGCUCUGUAUCUCGCCCUACUUCAUCUCCCUCUUCAUACCAAGCAGCAAGAAGUUUGCGCUGUACGGUGCUACAAUCCUCCUAUGCAACAGUUGUAUCAACCCCAUCAUCUAUACUGCUAACCACCCGCAGUUUAUGAAGGUACUUCGACCUAUGAUAAAAUGCAGGUGGUCUGAAAUACCACAGCCAUCCAAAGCUCUUCAAUAUCUCAAGAAUAAACUGGGUCAAGACGGCUGAUCAAUGAGUAAAGUUAAGCCUAUUUUCAUCUAAUUGCUUUUUCCCGUUGAGAUGCAUUCUAACUAUUUUGCAAUUUUUUAAAAAUACUAUUGCAUUUAUGCUUGAAUUUUAUAAGUAGCCUAAGUAAGAAAAAUUAGUUUUAGAAUGACUUGUUAAUUCUCAUCCAAGAAUAAGAUGUAAUGUUGUUCGCACAGACAUAGGUGAACGACCGAACCGGUGCGGGCGGGGGGGGGGGGGGGGAAACUGC